AUGGGUAGCAUCUUUCGCAGCGAAAAGAUGACUUUAUGUCAAAUCUUCCUGGCACCGGAAACGGCCUACAAUAACAUGGCUGAUUUGGGUGAAAUCGGUUGCGUACAAUUUCGUGAUCUAAAUGAGGACGUUACUGCGUUUCAGCGUAAAUUUGUGACUGAGGUGCGUCGCUGCGAUGAAAUGGAACGUCAAAUCCGUUUUAUAACUAGGGAACUGGAAGCGGAUGGAAUUAAACUGAAAGAUAUCUAUGACGAUAUACCUGGCGCCCCAAAUCCGCGUGAAGUAGUCGAGUUGGAGGCCCAUCUGGAGAAAUCCGAAUGCGAAAUACGUGAGAUGUCGGAGAAUGACGUUAAUUUGAAGUCCAAUUUGCAGGAACUCACUGAACUUUGUGAAGUGAUUAAAAAGACUCAAAUAUUUUUCACCGAACAAACAGUACUUAAUAUGGAAGAACACGCGAACAGUGGCACUUUUACCGGGGAGCAGCGUGGUCGUUUGGGCUUCGUAGCUGGUGUGCUUCCACGUCAACGUGUAUACGCCUUCGAGCGCAUGCUGUGGCGUAUUUCUCGUGGCAACAUUUUAGUGAAACAUGCUGAUAUCGAAGAGCCACUGCAGGACCCGCGUACGGGCAAUAUGAUUUAUAAGACGGCAUUUGUGGUAUUCUAUCAGGGCGAGCAACUGAAUACUCGUAUUAAAAAGGUAUGUAGCGGCUUCCAUGCUUCGCUAUAUCCUUGCCCGAACAUUCAUGAGGAACGCGAGGACAUGCUGAAGGGAGUGCAAACACGUUUGAAUGAUCUGAAGGUGGUGCUAAAGCAGACAGAGGAUCAACGUAAUUGUAUAUUGGCGGGUAUAGCCAAGCAUCUGCCUAUUUGGUCUAUUGAGAUUACAAAAAUGAAGGCCGUCUACCAUACACUGAACUAUUUUAAUAUGGAUGUGACGGGCAAAUGUUUGAUUGGUGAGUGUUGGGUUCCGACUUUGGAUCUGGAAUUGGUGCAACAAACUCUUGCAAAAAGUUCGGCUGGCGUUAGCAGUAUGAGCUCAUUUUUAACAGUACUGGAAACAAAGAAGACCCCACCCACUUUUUAUCGUACAAAUAAAUUCACCCGUGGCUUCCAAAAUUUGAUUGAUGCGUACGGCAUGGCCGUUUAUCGCGAAGUCAAUCCUGCUCUUUAUACCUGCAUAAGUUUCCCUUUUCUUUUUGCGGUCAUGUUUGGAGAUUUGGGGCACGGCUUUAUUAUGUUCUUGAUUGGCUUCUGGAUGGUAAUGGAUGAACAACGAUUGCUCCGAAAGAAGGGUGGUGAAAUCUGGCGCAUCAUGUUUGGCGGCCGCUAUAUUAUCAUGCUCCUCGGUCUUUUCUCCAUGUACACCGGCUUCACCUAUAAUGACACCUUUUCAAAAUCGUUUAAUGUAUUUGGCUCAAAAUGGCGUAUACAUUACAAUUCUUCUACUGUGCUGGCUAAUACUUACCUGACACUCAAUCCCAGUGUAGCUACUAUUGGCACCUAUCCAUGGGGUAUGGAUCCCAUUUGGCAGCUGGCGGAAAACAAAAUCAUUUUCUAUAACUCCUACAAAAUGAAACUGUCCAUAAUUUUCGGUGUUUUGCAUAUGGUUUUCGGAGUGUGUUUGUCUGUGGAGAAUAUGGUAUAUUUCAAAAAAAAAGCUUAUAUCCUGCUGGAGUUCAUUCCACAAGUCCUCUUUCUAAUUCUGUUGUUCGGAUAUAUGUCGUUCAUGAUGUUCUACAAAUGGGUGCAAUAUUCUGCGACCACCGAUUACGAGCCGGAUUCGGCAGGUUGCGCUCCUUCGGUUCUAAUAUACUUUAUUAACAUGAUUCUGUUCAAGGCAUCCCCACAAUUAUCUGGUUGUGACAUGUAUAUGUUCGAUAGCCAGGUAACAGUGGAGCGAGUUUUCUGGAUUGUCGCAUUGUGCUGCAUCCCAUGGCUGCUGAUUGGCAAACCACUGUACAUUCAAUGCGAACGGUUAUUUGAGGCAAAGUCAAAAUCUAAGGAGCCCUAUGUAGAAAAGAUAGAGAUUCAAGAAGGCGACAUUGUUAUUGAAGCAACUCUCACUGAUCCUCUACCGCAUGCUCAUCACGAGGGCGAAGAUGAGGAGGAGGAGGAACCAAUGAGUGAAAUUUGGAUCCAUCAGGGCAUUCACACAAUUGAAUAUAUCCUCAGUACCAUUUCGCAUACAGCGUCGUAUCUGCGUUUGUGGGCCCUGUCUUUGGCGCAUGCGGAAUUAUCUUAUGUUCUAUGGCUUAUGGUGAUGCAGAAAGGUCUCCAUUUCAAGGGCUAUCCUGGUGCUAUUGGUGUGUACAUCAUCUUCUGGGCUUGGGCUUUAUUAACCAUAGCCAUUAUGAUAUUUAUGGAAGGUCUCUCUGCUUUUCUGCAUACUCUGCGUUUGCAUUGGGUUGAAUUCAUGUCUAAAUUCUAUGCCGGAACUGGGCAUCCUUUUCUUCCAUUCAGCUUUAAGGCCAUCUUAGAAGCUACCGAUGAGGAUUAAACAUCUCCAAUAAAAUAUUUUUG